UCCGCCGCAGUCGUAGUGGGUGGGGAGAGCGGGAUUGGAUUGCCGAAUUGGGGUGAAAUCGGCGGUGUAAACAGAUUUUGUUUGUGCAACAACCGGGUUCAAACUCAAAGAAGCGGUGUGGCUUUGGGUGCACCGAGUCCGUACAAGUGAAUUUAUUGUGCCGCCGGAGUGAAAAGAUUCCUCAUUGUUGGCUAACUGUUUGUUAGCCACUGAGCUAGCCCCCCCUCAGCUAGCUAGCUAGCUAGCUCAUCGGCAACACAAAGGACGACUUUACCCGUGUUUGUCAGCUCGAUCUUGAAUGACGACGGAGCCCCCAGCACAGGGUGAUCAUGGUGCUGACUGGCAAGCGUUCAGAGAAAGGUCCAGCCCGCUGGAAGCGGCGAGUCAAGUCUGAGUACAUGAGGUUACGCCAGCUCAAGCGCUUCAGACGAGCCGAUGAGGUCAAGAGCAUGUUCAACACUAACCGCCAGAAAAUCCUGGAGCGUACUGACAUCUUGAACCAGGAGUGGAAGACCCGCCGCAUCCAGCCGGCCCACAUCAUGACGUCCGUGGGCUCGCUCAGAGGCACGCGAGAGUGCACGGUGGACAGCGGCUUCUCAGAGUUCCCCCGCCAGGUCAUCCCCUUGAAGACCCUCAACGCCGUGGCCUCCAUCCCCGUCAUGUACUCGUGGUCGCCACUGCAGCAGAACUUCAUGGUGGAGGAUGAGACGGUGCUCUAUAACAUUCCCUACAUGGGAGACGAGAUCCUGGACCAGGACGGCACUUUCAUUGAGGAGCUCAUCAAGAACUACGAUGGCAAAGUCCAUGGAGACAGAGAAUGCGGCUUCAUCAACGACGAGAUCUUCGUGGAGUUGGUCAGCUCGCUGGCACAGUACAGUGAUAACGAGGAGGAGGAGGAGGAAGAGCCUGACUUCAAGAUGGAAAUGUGCGACGGCAAGGAGCACCCGGAGGAUGCCCGCAACGUCGACGAGAGCCGUACCAACAAUGACUGCACAAGGAGGUUUCCCUCUGACAAGAUCUUUGAAGCCAUUUCAGCCAUGUUCCCUGACAAAGGCUCGACUGAAGAACUGAAAGAGAAGUACAAGGAGCUGACACAGCAGCAGCUUCCCGGCGCCUUGCCUCCCGAAUGCACGCCCAACAUCGACGGCCCCAAUGCUCGCUCUGUGCAGCGUGAGCAGAGCCUGCACUCGUUCCACACGCUCUUCUGCAGGCGCUGCUUCAAAUACGACUGCUUCCUCCACCCUUUCCACGCCACCCCCAAUACGUACAAACGCAAGAACCUGGAGAACCUGGUGGACACAAAACCCUGUGGCGUGGACUGCUACAUGUACCUGGUGCAGGAUGGGAUGGUGAGCGAGUACCCUGUGGGAGGUGCCGGCGAGCGGGCCAAGACACCCUCCAAGCGUACGGUGGGGCGGCGCCGCGGGCGACUGCCAAACAGCAACAGCCGGCCCGGCACACCCACCGUGGCCUCGGAGACGAAAGACACAGACAGCGACCGAGAAGGCAGCAAAGACGACGAACGCGAGAACGAGGAAGACAAGAAGGACGAGACCACCAGCAGCUCAGAGGGGAACUCGCGCUGUCAGACGCCCGUCAAGAUGAAGCUUCCUGUGGAGACGCUAGAGUGGAGCGGCGCCGAGGCCUCAUUGUUCCGUGUCCUCAUCGGGACGUACUACGACAACUACUGCGCCAUCGCACGCCUCAUCGGCACCAAGAGCUGCCGACAGGUGUACGAGUUCAGGGUCAAAGAGUCCAGCAUCAUCGCCCGCGCCCCCACCGAAGAUGAGGACACCCCACCCAGAAAGAAGAAGAGGAAGCAUCGGCUGUGGGCCACUCACUGCAGGAAGAUCCAGCUCAAGAAAGACGGCUCGUCCAAUCAUGUUUACAACUACCAGCCAUGUGACCACCCACGCCAACCCUGCGACUCGUCGUGUCCCUGCGUCACCGCUCAGAACUUCUGUGAGAAGUUCUGCCAGUGCAGCUCCGAGUGCCAGAACCGCUUCCCGGGCUGUCGCUGCAAAGCUCAGUGCAACACCAAGCAGUGUCCGUGCUACCUGGCUGUGAGGGAGUGCGACCCUGACCUCUGCCUCACCUGCGGCGCCGCCGAACACUGGGACAGCAAGAACGUCUCCUGCAAGAACUGCUCCAUCCAGAGGGGCGCCAAGAAGCACCUGCUGCUGGCGCCAUCCGAUGUGGCGGGAUGGGGCAUCUUCAUCAAAGAGCCGGUCCAGAAGAAUGAAUUCAUCUCCGAAUACUGCGGAGAGAUCAUCUCUCAGGAUGAAGCCGACCGCAGAGGCAAAGUGUACGACAAGUACAUGUGCAGCUUCCUCUUCAACCUCAACAAUGACUUUGUCGUGGAUGCCACACGCAAAGGCAACAAGAUCCGCUUUGCCAACCACUCCGUCAACCCCAACUGUUACGCCAAAGUGAUGAUGGUGAACGGCGACCACAGGAUCGGCAUCUUUGCCAAGAGAGCCAUUCAGACGGGGGAGGAGCUUUUCUUUGACUACAGGUACAGUCAAGCGGACGCUCUCAAGUACGUCGGCAUCGAGCGGGAGAUGGAGCUCGCCUGAUGUUUACUAGUCCGUAAUGAAGACACACACACACACAGACACACACUCUUCAGGGGAAGAAGACAUGUUAGCAACAUUUCAGGAAGUCAUAAGAUUUGAAGCAUCUCCUUGUUUAUCUUUCGGGAUUGUUUAUCCUCCAAGUGUUUGUUUUGAACCUAAAGAACAAGACUUCUUUUUUAUUAAUACAUAGUGUUGCUGUGAGAUGAAACAUCUUCUCAGUCCACGUUUCAGGGACCAAAUUCACCACCAGCAGGUUUCUGUUUUUUGCCGUUUAAACUGACAGAAAAUCCAGUCAAAUUUUGACAAAGCUAUCUGUAAAUAUUUUUUUCCCUGUUUUUAGGGGGGGGGGGCAGAAUAAUUGUUAUACUGCUGUUUUUGGUGAUGUCAAACAAUGCCUUCAAGUGUGUUGGAACUCAUACAUUACAAAAAACACCAGCAGGUUUUUUUUUCUGGUGCUUAAGACUUUCUCGGCCAAAAACGUUCUAGUGGUGAUCUUUCUGGCAGUUACAGUCAACGGCAAUGUUAAACCUCGACAAAGCUGGCCCUGCCUUCAAAUCACGUUUGACGUCACUGCCAGCAAUGUCUAGUUUGUCCACUAGAGGUGCUAAAGUCAGUUUCAAUGAGUUGAUCAUGAAAACACCUCAAGCAUCCUCACGCUUUGAUUUUUGAUGUGAAUUCUGGUGCUAAAAUGGCCUUACGGGCCUGCUGUCUGCUCCACUGCCUGCUGUAAUCAUACAAUCUUUACCGUCAGUGCUGGCCAAUUCCUCACAAUGUUGAACAUUUGUUUCACUUCAGUCACAGGUUUUGUCACAUUCCUGAUGCUCUAAUUUUAAAGGGCCAGCAGGUGUGACUGUAGUGUCGGCCAUGUUGCAAGCAGCUGACAGUGAUGCUUGUAAGACACACACGGACCAUGUUUACAAAUAAAGGGUUGUGUUCUGUGAUUGGCUGAGGGGGGAAUCAGGGAGCAGCAAGCAACCACCUGGGAUGUUUUUUGUGACAAAUCCUGCAAAAGAAAACUUUAAAUUCUCACACGUGGAAGGUGCUGACUCUGCAAUGUUCACAGGGAUUUUCUUUCUUUGAAUAAAUUCUAUAAAAUU